AUGUCAACCGUGAAAGAAAAAUAUCCGGGUUUUAAAUACAAAGGAUACUCGAAUUUCAGUUUAAAUGCCACCCAGGCAUUUCAAAGACUGUCACUUCCCUGCAGUCCAGAGUUAAUCAAGGUUGUCCGGCUUCAGCAUUCAAGUCGAAUUGGUGGAUAUAAUAAACUACGGGUUAAAAAAAAAGCCACGGAGGAUGCGUAUAAACAAGGUUUACUCUUGGGGGACCGGCAGGGCCUCCGAAUCCUCAACACUGAGGGCUGGCUGGUGUGCGCAACAGUCGAGAGCGCUGAUCGGCAAACGCCCCCAGUGUCCCGAAUUCCCAAAGUCUCCAGGCCCGGACCCAGCACCAGACGUCCCCAAAACCACUGCGAGGCCCCUGCUGCGCCGUCCGGCCUCCUGACACCCUCUCCCACCCCACGGUCCCGCUUCUCACUCUGGAACGCUCUGCGUCUUCCCGUUCCCCAUUUACUCACCAAGGCGAGCUGGACAGAAGUUCCAGAGCGUCAGUGCCACUUUUCCCGGCCCGCUCUGCGUGACCGCACGCCGAUCGCGAGCAGCCACAUUCAACGGCCCACAGGAUUCAAAUUCGCCCACUUCCGCUCGCAAACCCGGAAAGAACGGAGCUCAGAAAAACGCCGGGCGCGGGGUCGUUGUUUCCGCCUAUUUGCUCUUGAGGGAAUUCUCUUGUUUCCGAAGUGGACAGAGAUGUGCUGAAGUUUCGUCACCUUCGAGGAAUGGGGCUAAGGAAACCACGAACCAAGCCGGAAGGGUUUUAUCUUUCCCUUCAUCCUCGAGGAAACAGCAGCAGCAGCAAGAAGGAAAACAAACCAACCCUCCAAAUACUUAGUGCAGCCUUUCCUGGGCCUCCUCAGUCCUAUCCCGGCACAGUCAGGGCUUUUAAUUUCUUUCUGUCCCGGGUUUGGGGAAAACAAAAAGCCAAGUUCACCCGUAUUCAGCCAAAAGUUCAAAAUAAAUGGUGUGACCAGUUCCUGGUCUCAAAUAAACUA